AUGGGCAGCGACGAACACCGCAGCAAGUUCUCGCAGCGCAGCCUGGCAGCAACGGAAGGAAACUUCGAGGACGCGACGAAGCAGACCGACACGGCCAUGGAGGGGCUGACGGCGCAGAGGCAGGUGCUUCAGACCAGCCUGGUGCGUAUUAAGGCCGAAAGCUCCGGAGAUAACUGCAAGAUGCAAGCGACAGAGAGCACUGUCGAGAUGGAAGCGCGGCCGAACAAGCACGACAUCAGCAUCGGGAAGGUGAUCAACGUGCAG